AUGUCUUCGAAAAAGCGAUGCGGUGUUUUAGGGGCAACUGGAGCGGUGGGGACGCGAUUCAUUCUCCUGCUCGCUCAACAUCCGCUGCUAGAAUUGGUAGCUGUAGGAGCUUCCGAAAAGUCGGCCGGUCAAAAAUACUCUGAUGCCGUGCGUUGGAAGCAGUCGACCACAAUGCCCGCACAAGUCGCAAAUCUGAUCGUCCGACGCUGCGUCCCCACCGAAUAUCCAGAUUGCGACAUAAUCUUCUCCGGCCUUAAUUCUGAUGUGGCUGCCGAUGUUGAAAUGGCCUUUCUUAAAGCAAACUUUGCCGUCUUUUCAAAUGCCAAAAACUUCCGAUUGGCACCUCUGGUUCCGCUGAUUGUUCCUGUGGUCAACCCAGGACAUAUUGAGUCAAUCCCAACACAGCGUCGGCAUUACCAACUAGAUAAAGGCCUUCUUGUGUGCAAUUCAAACUGUGCGGUCAUCGGCCUCGUCAUCCCAGCCGCAGCACUUAUUCAAAAGUUCGGACCUAUCGACAAAGUGAGCAUGGUGACUAUGCAGGCCGUAUCAGGAGCAGGCUAUCCUGGCGUCAGCAGCAUGGACAUCCUUGACAAUAUCAUUCCCUACAUCCCCGGAGAGGAAGCCAAGAUUCCAGCUGAAGCUCGCAAGAUUUUAGGUAGCUUGAGUGCGGACCUGUCUGGAUUUGUCAAUCAACCUCUCCGCGUUUCGGUCGCCUGUAACCGUGUCUCGGUGCUUAACGGCCAUACAGUGUGUGUGUCGUUACGAUUCGUAAACCGACCUCCGCCGACCGUGAGCGAGGUCUGUGAUGCGAUGAAAGAGUACACCUCAGAGGUGCAACUCCUAGGGUGUCCCUCGGCCCCAAAACACGCCAUUGUCGUUUUAGACGAGGCUGAUCGACCGCAGCCUCGCCUAGAUAUUGAGACGGAAAGAGGAUACGCGUGCAGCGUUGGAAGAAUCAGGGAGGACGAAAGUGGUAUCUUUGACAUCCAGUUCGUGGCCUUAAGCCACAACACAAUUCUGGGGGCGGCCGGAGCAUCAAUUUUGAAUGCGGAGAGUGCAAUCCUGAAAGGCUACAUCUAG